AUGGCCAAUUUCUGGGCCGCUGCUUGCUAUGCUGCUUUUGCGCUUGUGCCGGCGGCUCAGGCGAUCCCUUUCGAGGAGCCUCGAGCAACGCCCGUAUAUGAUUUUGACCGUCGAGGGGGACAACAACCCCCGGCUCCCACCGACGGGCCUUUACUCCCACGUGCACUUGGACGGCGAUUAUACAGUGUGAGUGCUGGUGUCUCAUACUUGACAUCGACUGUGGGCUCCGAAUUCUGCGGUUACUCGUCUGGCCAACUAGAUGGAGGAAUCUUCUGCAAUCCUGGUUAUGCAUGCAUUUUCCACACUCCCGACGCCACUUACAAUGGCAUGGUCGCUUGCUGUCUAGAUGACGGUGGCUCAUCCGCCUGCGGCUUCCGAAGUACCUGCUACAACGCCGACCAGAUUUCCUCGACGCCAAGUCUCAUGUCAUACUCGGACAACAACUUCGUCCAACUCUGCACUGACAAUACGGCCGCGGAGUGCGUGACAUGGACAUACCCAGAGCUGGGAGUCACCGACUUCCAAUGCACGGAUACCAACACCGUGAUCUGGAUGUCCACGUGGGCGACGGGGCUUACCGCGCUUGGAUCUGGUUCUGUUUCGGGCUCCUCCUCGACAGCAAUCCUAGAGAUUGUCCCCAUCAGUACAGUCGGGGACGCCUAUAUAAAUGAACAUGUAACAGGCGCUGGGAAACAGCCUCUAUCCACCGCUGCAGCGGCGAGCUCAACUCCUACCCUCAACGUGAUCAACAAUAGCACCAACUCCGGCGGCGGCUCAUCGGUCUCCAGCGGCGCUAUUGCCGGCGCCGUGGUGGGCAGUGUGGUGGGCGUUGCAGGUAUCGGCGCUGCUCUGUUCAUGUUCUUCCUGAUGAGGAGGAAGAAGAACCAAGCUGCCGCUGCUGCUGCUUCGGGAGACCAAAACCGUCGCUCAAUGACACAGGAAAACGGUGCACCACUGGCCUACAUACCCUCUUCUCAAAGAGGGAAUGGAACUUUGCUCAAUCCCUCCGAAAUCGACGGGUACCCCACUACAGGGCAUAAGUCUGAUCUCUCUGAAGUCGAAGGCAGCAGUUCUCCUCCUAUCACUGAAGUCGAGGGUAAUAAUACCCGGUCGCAUAUUCCUCAGGAGAUGGAUGCUCGGGGUGAGGUUGCAGAAUUGCCAACUGAGGGUCAUCAUUAA